AUGUACAAAGCCUUCGUCAGCAUUCUGGCUACGGCGUCCGUUGCUCUUGCCAGCACAUCCCCUAUCAUCACUGCCGAGACCGGAGCAACCGGUGCUACAAUCAUGCUUCCCUCGUCUCCUGCGGCUUCCUCGACGUCAAGGGGAAGCGCAAUUACCACCACCGCCGCGCUUCUCGUCACCAGGGCUCCCUCCGUGGACCCUACGACGCUCCGCACUGUCACCCAUCCCCAUAGGGAUCCCCGCGGCCACGGCGGCUAUGAUGGACCGUACUCCAAUCCCCGGUAUAGUUUCAUAUCUGAUUACGACGGCCGUAUCAUCACAGAGAAGCUUUGGAUCCCAGCUACUACUCUUGACUACCACGGCACGCACCCGCUUACCCUUCUAGAAAGUAACAGAUGUCCCAACUGCGAUCGUGUUCUUGAUCCCUACGAUCAGCAGCGCUACAAUGGGCGUUAUGAUGGGGGUCGCCAUAGCUGGGAUUCGGAGGACGAUGAUCUCUAUUGGGGUAAUAGGGAUACGGGACUUCGCUUCGGUCCGGAAAACCAUGGAAGGCCUGGGCAUGAUGGGCAUUGA